GUCACAAUAACAUCGAUCCUCUACAAACGCAAAUUGUUACAAUAGAAUGGCACGUCUCUCUGGAUUGCAGAGAGAAGUGCUGUCUCUUUAUCGCAAAUGCCUCCGAGAGAUUCGGAAGAAGCCCAUCGAGUCGAGAAACAAUUUUAAAUCUUAUGCGCGGGCGGAAUUCCAAAAGCACAUCUCGAUAAGCAAGAAAGACUUCAGCGCGAUCGAGUAUCUUUUGCGCAAAGGCUCAAGGCAGCUUGAGAUGUAUUCAUCCCCAGGAAUUCGCAAUAUUCGCUAAGUGCCAUUGGUCUCGGACGAACGGUGACGGGUAUCACCUCUUUGAGGUAUUGAGACGCCGGAAGUGUUUCGUUCUCGAGAGCUUUGCCGUCCUUUUCCUUCAGUGGCGAGCUUGAAGGCUAGUCUUUUUAAAUGUGCGACUGAUGGUUGUCCU